AUGGAUAAUCGGGUGUCCGUAACAAUUGAGUUCUUGACCAUCGACAUUGCCGGAGGCGUCGCGGCGGAACUCGAGGACAGCGUUGCAUUUCCCAAACUUCACCACUUCCGGCUAUGCAUGGAUUCCGGUUUUGCUACCCUCCUGCUCUGCUGGAUGGUUCUGCCCUAUGCCCUCGACCUGCAUCUGGAGCCAGUUGAGUUCUGGAGAAAAAGCUUCACGAAGAAGCACCCGGGCAUAUAUGAAGUGCCCUUCUGGCCUUCGACCUAUGCUCCUCCUGUCCAUCUCCUAUGGCGGCGACCUCAGGACUUUGCGCAAAGCCUGUACCAGCCCCAUUGUACGUCGACGAUAGAGCAUCCCGGUGCCGCACCACAUCCAGUAGACGUCGGCGAUCCAGCCGAGUUGCUUUGGCAACGCUCAAUAGCAGUAAUGGGGCUUGACGUGCGCCUCGACCCUGCUAUCAAGGCCGAUGAGCCAGUUGCGGCGCGGUUUCCAGAGGUCGUCGCCAUAACGCUGGCGGAGUCGGUCGAAGCGCUCGUGCCGGUUGCGCGGGACCCGGUCGGACGGGAUUGGCAAGGGAGUCGAGAGCUAGAAGGCAAGAUCGCCGCUCGGCGGUCUUUGACAUUCAGAGAUGGACAGUUCACCGCAUGGCGUCGUGAGCGCGACUUCAACACUCAGUAUCCCAAGGCCUUGUACGACACCUUGCGAUACGUGCUGAGCGCCGUCCCGGGUCCGUCUAUCACGGGCUUUGAACGCCGGGUCGAGGAGUUUGUAUUCGCCAAGGACAGCUGGCUGCCUGACCGCAGCCUAGCCUACGAGCAUAUUCUGGAGAGAUUCAUCUCUCUCAGGGCAAUACAUUUCGACAACGCUCCGCUUACCGACGACGCGCAUUUCCAGCAGAACAUGGAGGGCUGGCUAGCUUUCACUCAUCUCGAUGCCCUCUCCUUGUACCUCAACACUCCGGGACCAGGAGGUUAUCCUUGCCCCGCCCUCGAGGUCAUUCACAUCAUCACCAAACCCGCGCCACCGGCGCUCGAUGUCGUCCACCUGACUGCCGAAGGCUGGGAUGCCUUUUGGAACUCCGCAGGCCGACGGGCCUGCGGUGUUCCUCUGAUUCGCCUCACCGAGAGUGUUCGCCGUGUAUCGUAG